GAACAACUGAGGCACAUUCUAGAAGUCCGAACACUGGAAGACGAUCCAGAACAAUAGGGUUGCAGAGGAUAUAGAGAAUAGAGAUGGCGGGAGUCGUGGAAGCUCCAAACAGACCUGCUAGACCCCUUCCCCCUUCUCAGGCCAGAGGCCCUCCACCUCCCGCUCGCCCCCGCUUCGAGCCAGUUGAUCGCGAGAAGACUUGCCCUCUCUUGCUUCGGGUUUUCACUAAGGUUGGAGGUCAUCAUACUAAGGAAGAUUUUGCCGUGAGGGGCAAGGAGCCCAAGGAUGAGGUCCAAAUAUAUACAUGGAAAGAUGCUACUCUUCGCGAGUUAACUGAUCUGGUGAAAGAGGUUGCUCCUGCAGCACGAAGAAGAGAUGCAAAACUAUCAUUCGCAUUUGUAUAUCCUGAUAAAAAUGGUCGUAAUGUGGUGAAACCGGUUGGGAUGACACAUUCUUAUGGAAACGGGAGGCGACAAGAUGACAGCAAAACACUGGCUGAACUUUUCUUCCAGAUUGGUGACUACUUGGAUGUGGCGAUCCUGUAGAGGAAAAAGUUUGUGCUGUUGUGGAGCGGUGCUGAUGUUAUUGAUGUAACAGCAAUCUCUUGCAACUCCAGAUGAUCCUCAAUGGUUGCUGUCAUGGAGAUUAGUUUAUUUUCAACUAGGAUUGGCAACUGUCAGCAUAUGCAUUAUAAGUUAUAACAAUGUACUAUGGGAUCCGUUGCUUAAUAUUGAGUGUGAUGCAAAAAUGGAAAAUGUAGUUGUUUUCGGUGUAA